AUGCCCUCUCAAGACAAACCCGACACCCAAGAAUGGACACACGUCACCCGCAAAUCUCGAAAAUCCCGUCCAAAGAAGACCCCCUCUCACACGCACAUCAACUCCCUCCCCAUAACACCCCGCACCGACAACCUCCGCUCCCCCUCAGACCUCGAAGCCGACUACCGCCGCAUCCGUGACCGAUGGGAGGCCGAACCGCCCUGUUCACGCCUCCGCGAGCUGGUCUCGGAAAAGGCGUCCCAUCUCAAGACCGUAUCUCGGGCAGUGAACCUCGGAGUCGGGACGUUUGAUCCUACUGAUGGCUCUUGGGAGGCCAAGAGGUCGGCGUUUGUGCAACUCGCUGCGUUCCAGGUCAUGGUAGAAGAACUAGAGAGGGUAACGGAACAAAAGAUAGACUGCUUCUUUCAAGACCCCGUCUUCAACACCUCAGACAAAGCCUUCCUCAAAAACCUAGGUCACACAGUAGUCGAGACACCAGCAGGCUGCGAAAUGAUUGACCAAGACACCCUCUUCUUCGGAGUCCACCUCUACAAGCCCAUCUACGCCAUGGCACUAGAAAAACACCUGCCUGCCAUCUUUGUCGGAACAGGCUGGGAAGUUUGGGACGAUUUGUUUGCGACGGAGGGUCUUGAGAGGAUGGAAAAGAUGCACAAAUCUUAUACCAAGAGUGAAUUCCCGCAAGAGUCCUUUGACUCGGCCUUUUCGAGCACGAGUAUCUACUGGAAGUCAGCUGGGGAGCCUGAGACGGUGUCUGAAAAGGGGCCUAAGGGGGAGAAAGAGAAGGAGGAAAAGGGAGAGGAAGAGGUAUCCAGCAAAGAUGAAUCUACAACUACUUCAUAA